UAUUGUACACACACAAUUGUUAGGUCUGGUGUAGUUGUGGGGUUCAUUAUAUCUCAUUAAUAUUGUACACACACUUGUUAGGUCUGGUGUAGUUGUACCAUUAUAAUACAAGUUGAGUACGACUUGUUGUUAGAAUACGAUUAUUAGGUGCAAGAAUAAGACUAGUUUUUUUUUUUGUGCAUUCAAGUUAUGACGUAGUCUACUCAUUCCCUGCGCAUAGUUGCAGGCUGUAGUCAUAGCCAUAGUCUGACUUGAAUAUCUCUAGAAAUGUAACUAACAUGUCAUUCAAUGAAGUGUGCAGCAGCUGUUCUUGGUCUGAUUAGGCUUGUUUUACUGCCUUCAAAUUUUUGCCUUUGCAAUCUUAACUGGAGAAUGAUGCAGAAUCAUAGGCACACAGAUGCAUACGUAUAAACACUGGCAUCUGUGUUAGGCACUAGUGCAGGCUACCCCCUUUGGCAACUUGUUGGUUCAGUGCAGAAACAUAAACCAGUCUUUUGUCACACAUUUUCAGGUCUUGGGUUUUUUGUGGGACUUAUUUAGAUAAUACUGUACACAUUUUGAAUUAUAAGUCUGACUUUUUUUUUAUCAGGUUAGAUCUGUUUCAUGAUUGUCACAUUAUAGAACAUAUAUACAUAGUUACCAGUUACAUGCUUUUAUUUUUUAUUUAUUUAUACUCGUUUCUUUUUUCAGAACAGCAGUUUUGUGUUUUUCUUUAUAUAGAGUUAACAUGUAUUUGAUGUAAAUUCAUUUUGGUCUUUGUAGAUUUGUUGUACAGACUCUGCAUCCGAUGCCAGCUCUUCAGAAGAGGACCAGGUUUCUGGUCCAAAACUGAGGACGACACAGUGCUUACAGAUGAAUAAACAGAUUUAUUCUGAUUCGGAUGAGCUGUUCGACCCCUUCUCUGACAGUGGAGAAGAAUAUAUUCCUGACACCUCUGAGGAAUCUUCUGAUUCAGACAGAAGCACACAUUUUCAGACUGUUUGUCAGAAAAGAAACAUCUUGCGAGAAAGCUCCCCCACAAAAAUAGGAAACGGAUUGGGUGUGAAAUAUAACAAGCAACGUCGUAGCAGUCCAUCGUAUAGCACAGCACAAAUUGGAUGUGGACUGUCAACAGAACAGAUUGGAUGUAGUGAAGCCCAAUGUCAAGUCUCAACGUCUUUUUCAGGACCGGGUUCAUACCAUAGUACUUCCCUCAAUACAAAAGAUGGAGGGGCUAGUGCAAAAUCAAUUUCCGUACAUGCAGUCUGCAAAAAGGACAAUGGAUCAAGAAUGUACAGCAAGAAACAGUAUUGUUUGUUCUGUAAGCAGGGAUUUCUGAAAAUUGCUAGGCAUUUGGAGCGUGCUCAUCACACUGAGCUAGAUGUUGCUCGUGCUGUGUCUUUCCCGAAAGGAUCCAAACAAAGAAGAUUGCAUUUGGAACUUUUAAGAAAUAAGGGCAAUUUUGUCCACAAUGUUGAAGUGCUAAAGUCUGGUGAUGGAAAGCUUGUUCCUCGCAAGCAACCGAAAAAAGACUCUCAAGCUCAAGAUUUUCUUCAUUGUGUUCAUUGCCAAGGUCUUUUCGCAAAGAGACUCCUUUGGCGGCACAUGAUGGUCUGCAAGUUUAAGCCUAGUGUUCCACAGAAACCUGGGAAAACACGUGUUCAAUCACUCUGUGCAUUUGCUGUACCUCCUCCACCUGGUAUAAAAGCAGAAUUUUGGAAGAUGUUAAGCAACAUGAACCAAGAUGAGGUGUAUUCUGUGGUCAAAUCUGAUGGUCUUAUCAUGGAAUAUGGUGAGCAUCUGUACAACAGGCUUGGAUAUGAUGUUGCUAAGCAUGAAUACAUUCGGCAAAAAAUGAGGGAGCUGGGACGGCUUCUGAUAUGCUCAAGGAAAAGCACUCCCUUGAAGACCAUUGAUGAUCACAUCAUGCCUGCAAAUUUCAUGCAUGUUGUGCAAGCAGUGAAACAUUUAGCAGGCUAUGUCCCUGAAACCAGUACCUUCAAGUGUCCAAGUCUGUCUCUCAAAAUUGGACACAGUUUGGCAAAGAUUUCCCAGCUUGUUGAAAGUCGUGCUAAUGUACAGGGCAACUACAGCGCAGCAAAAGCUGCUCGUACAUUUCGAACAGUAUAUGAAGCUAGGUGGAAUGAGCUAAUUUCAGCUGCAUCAUUGAGAACUCUCAAGGAAUCAAAAUGGAAUGCACCACAGUUGCUUCCAUUCACAAAAGAUGUUCAGACACUCCACGCUUACUUGAAUAUGCAGCAACAACAGUGCCAAAACAAACUGUCAACACAGACAUCAGCUGAGACAUGGGGACAGCUGGCAAGAGUCCUUUUGACACAAGUCAUUCUAUUCAACCGACGUAGAGCAGGGGAGGUGUCGAAAAUGCCCCUCUCUGCAUACACUGCUUCAAAUCCAUCUGAUCCUCAAGAUGAUGUGAAUGUAGCUCUUUCUGACUUGGAAAAAAAGCUCUGCCAACAUUUCAAGAGGAUUGAGAUCAGAGGAAAAAGAGGAAGAAAAGUUCCUGUGCUUCUUACCCCAGAAAUGCAGCAGUCCUUAGAUCUGCUUGUUGCCAAACGUCAGGAAUGUGGCGUUCUUUUUGAUAACAUCUACUUAUUUGCAAGACCUUCUGCGAGGACCAGCUACCGUGGGUCUGAUUGCCUUCGCCACUUUGCAAAGAUCUGCGGGGCAAAGCAUCCUGAGAGCCUAACUUCCACAAAACUGCGCAAACAAACAGGAACACUCUCUCAGGUUCUCAAUCUAAGUAACACAGACCUUGAUCAGUUAGCAGAUUUUCUUGGUCAUGAUGUAAGGGUGCAUCGGCAGUUUUAUAGACUUCCUGAGGGCACACUCCAGCUUGCUAAAAUGAGUAAAAUCCUGAUGGCCCUUGACAAGGGACGAUUGGCAGAGUUCCAGGGCAAGAGUCUGGACGAAAUCAACAUUGAUCCUGAAGAGAAUGUUCACCUGGAUAGUGAUGUGGAACCAGAGUGUGAGUCCGGAACACAAGAGAAUGACACCACAACUAGAGAGACAGCAAAUGAGGAAAGAAUGCCAGAUGUGAACCAAAGGGGUGAAGAGUGCACUAAAACACAGCAAGGCAUAAUGACUCAUCAAGCCUCCACAUGCAAGUCACAAAAGAAAGGAAAAGGUCGUCAACAAUUCAAAAGAAAGAUUUGGGUCAAAGAGGAGAUCGCUGCCAUUGAGAAACACAUGAUGUCUUUCAUCACUUCAUGUCGGGUUCCAGGAAAAAGUGACUGCGAUAAGUGCCUCAAUCUGGAAAAAAAUGCGCUGAAAAACAGAAAUUGGUUGAGCAUUAAAUUUUACAUAAAAAACCGAAUCACAGCUCUUAAAAGCAAGGUUUAGUAUCUAGUGCUUGUUAAGUUGGCUUGGAAAAGCGAACUUACUGUUGUUCUUAUACUUCUUCUUAUUAUUAAUGUUAUUAUUAUUUAUUUUUUCAUUAUUCCACGUUCAAAUUUCUCAACUCUACUCCUCCUAAAGUUUUUUACCCAGAACCACCACAGAACUUCACAGGAUGGUAGAACCCAUAGCCGCGGAGUGUGCUUGGGCUUUUAUAAGCGAUCGCAGAACCAGGGUUCUAGCACGGUUCCGUCAAAUUUGGAAUUUUUCCAUAAACUGCCAUUCAAGUGUCCAAAAUUCAGAUUUUUUUUUUUUUCAGAUGGCUCUGCAGGUCACAGUUUUUUAGCUAGAACCAUGAAAAUU